AUGACUGAGCCUAGCACUCAGGUUCAAACACUGCCUCGGCCUCCAGCAUCUCGCGAUGGUUCCAUUAGUUCCUCCAACUCAGGAGGAGCAGCGGCAGGUGGUGGAGGAGCCACAGGCUUUCUCUCCAAGAUUGCCAGAUCGCCCUCACGCAGACACAAACCUCUGGGAUCCAACGGCUCCCUCGACGGUGCCAGUUCAACACCCCCUCGCCCUCGGCCUCGACCCGCCUACACACGAACCGCCACUGCUCCGCCAGCCCCAAUCUCCUUGAACGCCAUCAAAUCCGAUCUCGUCACGCGGACCACCAGUGAUGUGAGCAGCUCCGCUACCGGCAACAACAAGAUGCUGCCUCUCCCGGCUGGAAACCUUGUUCCGGUCUACAACACCUCGGGCACCCAUCGCGCACCCCUCCACAAGAUCAACAGCAAUGUCAGCACUGGCGAUGACGGCUCAGGCGCUCACACGACGCAGAAAAAGGAGAAGGAGACACGAGAGCCGGAUGUCGCGUCGGCGUUGGCCCUCAAUGGGAUGCUCCCAACCAGCCAGGCUUCCCUCGCGGCCGCCUCGAGCCAGCCGAGCACUUCCGCACUCUACGUGCACAUACAAGAGAUGGCGCAUAAAAGGGUCGCGACGCUGGACUAUCUACGCCGAGCGCAUGAAGGCCGGUCGUUCUGGUUCAACACGGUCCAAUUCACUGAGGCGGAUAUCGCCAAACUACCAUCAUACACGCCCAACCGCUUGUCACGACGGGCCGUCAACUAUAUGUUAUUGGGAAUGUCUCUGCCGAUGAUUUUGGAUUUCCAUCCGCCUCAGUCCCAAAGUCAGACCAGCGCCGCAAGCAGCGCGGCAGUUGCGCAAGACUAUUUGAAGAAUCUGAAUACCUUGUUGGCCGAGUUUGAAUCUUUCCAACAACUCCAUCCGCCUGAUGGUAGCUCGGCCAGUUCAUUAAGUCGAGCACGAAUACCUCAGAUGUUUAAAAGAGCAGCCACAACUUCCCGGCCGCGGAAAUCGAGUGGCCCGGUCACAGACAUCGGCCUUCCUAUGCUCCCGGCCAUGUCCCCACCGUCAACGCUGCCCGAGGCCGGUCACCAUGCUUCACAGCCAUCGAUAGACACGACAGCCAGCAUGGCUACCUUUGCGUCGUCGGCCACUACGCUGGUGAACCCUUCGCCUCUGACUCCCAUGUCGGCGAUCAAUUUCCCCAGCGCAACAUCAUUUCCUCCUCCGGCGCCAUUCGACGCCCCGAACUCGACGCUGUUGCCGAACGAGGGACCAUAUACUCACCUGCAAACUCCGCCUCUUCCAUUCACACCCGACUUCUUCACCGUCUUUGCUACGUUAUGUGACGUCCUCAUCGACACCUAUCAGCGGCUCCUGCACAUCUUGACGGGACCGCCCGCGUGCACGCCGGCCAUCAGCGACCUGUUCUCCAAAGUUGACGGGCGGAUUCGCAAAGUCAUGGUCUCGGCGGUUAUACGUGAGUUCGAGCAGACGUCCCGGGAAACGGCCAAGAGGGAGAUGAUGGGCGUGCAGAAGGUCGUUCUGGGUGGACUGAUUGCAUGA